AUGAAAACGUCUGACACAAUAACAGAAUUUUGUUUCAAUCAUUUAACGGAUCAUCGACAAGAACUUAGAAAACAAUUAGAUGAUGUAAUAACUACUCGAGAUGUCUUUCAACAAACUCUUAAUGAACAAACGAAUGAUCUAGAAAAACAUGGACUGAUAGAACAAAUUAAUGAAUGGGAGCGUAUGUCGCUUAAAACAAUUCAACAAACAGCUGAAGAAGAAAGACAAAAAGUAUACAAGUAUGCUAGUGUACACAGGCGACAAAUUAAAUUUGAUCUGAACAAGUUGAGUGAGCAAUUGGGAAAAAGUCGUGAAGAGAAUGGUAUUGAUGAUACAAAUAUUCGUGAUUGGAAUGAAGAAUUAAAUAGAUUAGAGAAAGAACUCAUUAAACCAUUGUGUAUUAAGCUCGAGUUAGAUACUUCACCACUUAUUAACGCUAUUUCUGUUAAUGUAUCACCAAAACCAGCAGCACCAUCUUCAAACUGGAAUAGCAAUCGUAGUGGUGCGUCUAAAGGUUUUGGUAGUUUUCGUAGUAGUCACAACGAUGAAAACAGUCGUCCAAUGAAUGGCGGUAGUGGUGGUUUUGGCUCACGAAAUAAUGAUAGUGGAGGUAGUGGUUUUAGUGGUCGAGGUGGACGUGGUGGAUCUGGUGUUGGUGGAGGAGGAUUUGGUUCAAAUAAUAAUGUUGAUUCUCACAGAUGCUAUAAAUGUAACCAGACUGGUCAUAUGAGUCGAGAAUGCCAGGAACCACGAAAAGAAAAUCGUAGUGAUCAUAGUUGCUUCAGUUCAAAUGGAAGUCGUGGUGGAUUCGAUUCAGAUGAUAGUGAUGAUCAUAAUAUUAAUUUCAUACCAGAAUCGAAUGAUGGACCUGGAUCUAAGCCUGUCAACUUUGGAAAUUCAGGAAAUCAAAAUAACAGUGACUCAAAGCCAUCAUUUCGUGGCUGGCGAAAGUCUGCAACAAGUAAUAGUAAUGAUUCAGAAGAUGUCAAGAAUAGCUCAACAUUCGGUAAAUCAGAAAGUCGUGGUGGCUUUAAUAGUAGAGGAGGAUUUCGAGGCGGUCGAGGCGGUAGUGGUGGAUUUAGUUCAGGUGAUCGCAGUGGCCGUAGUGGUGGUAAUAGUGGAAAAGCUGGCAGUUCUAGCUUCUUUAGUGCCGGUGGUGGUGGUGGCGGUCGAAGAAAUGACCGAGUUUCUGAUGAUAUUUUCGGUCAACCGGGUGGUCGUGCUACUAGUCAACCUACGGAACGUUAUAUUCCACCGCCUGCACCAUUAUCAGAAGAUGAUAUUUUUGGUGAAGCAAUAGCAAAAGGUGAAAAUUUUGGAAAAUAUCAUCGAACACAAAUUCAAUGUACACCUGAAGAAGAUGAACGUUAUUUAAUAUUUGUUGAAACAAAACGACAAGCAGAUUAUAUAGGAGCAUUAUUUUCACAAAAGAAAUUAAUGAGCACAGUAACGCAUGGUGAUCGAACACAAAGACAACGUACUGAAGCUGUACAACAGUUUACCAAUGGUAAAUGUCCUAUCCUUGUUGCAACAUCAGUUGCUGCUCGCCGUUUUGAUUUUCCUUUGACUGGUUAUGUCGUUAAUCAUGAUUUACCCAAUUCAAUUGAUCUUUAUAUUCAUCAAAUUGGUCAUACUGGUCGUUUAGGCAAAUCUAUAUCAUUUUUUGAUCCAGAACGUGAUUCUGAUCGUACACUUGCUCCUGAACUUAUAUUAAAACUAACUGAAGCUGGACACGAAGUACCAGAAUUUCUCCAGCAAUAUGCUGGUAAUUCAAAUAGUGGAUUUAGUCGUGGUGGUUAUAGUGGACGAAAUACUAAUAUGCGACCUGGAGGGAAUAGUUCUGACAAUUCAAAUCAAGCAGCUAAUUUGAGUGGUAGAACAUCUUCUGCUAGUUCAGCUGCAGUUGCAGAAUGGGAUUAA